AUGGAAGACAAUAACAUCGCUGCGAACGUCGCGGCGGUGGUCGCCGCGUCAGAGCACGCUCUGGCGGCGGCCUCUAAUGCCCCGACCCCCGCGGCCGCUCCUUCAGGUUAUCGACCACUGACAGCAGUCGAGCUGUUCGUGGUAUUAAACCGCAGGGCCAACCCCAAAGACGCCUCAGAACGCGAGGCCGCGGAGAAAGCCUACAAAAGGUUCAUACAGUAUGAUCUCGCCGCUGCACUGCCAGGCGCAGCCAAUGAAGAGGUCAUGGUACCGCCGGGAGCCCCGCCAGGCGUGUCCACGCAAGAGGACACUGCACUGCCGGAGGCGGCCCCGAAGGGAGCAGAGCCACCAGGCUUGGUUACCCAAGCAACCAAUGUUCUGCUGGCCGCCCCUCCGGACCAGACCACUCAAGAGGCUGUUGACCUGCCGACAGCAGCACAAAAGGACCCAAUGUUUCCAGAAGCGAACCUGGAACAGCUUCUUCUACAUGAAGAAGGAAUGGACGUCGCGCUGCCGUCUCGCAAGAGGCCAGCGUCGACGGACGAGGACGAACCACCGGCAAGCGCGCCUUCUUCUGUCCACAGGUUGUUGCAGAAGAAGAAACAACACGCGCCAGAGGCCGCCACAGACGAGGAGGCCGCCCAGGAAGAAGAGGGGGAGUUUGUCGUCCCCAAGCGGAGGCACACGGCUCGGGCAAAGGUGCUCGAAAUCGUGGCGCCGCUGCAGACGACAAACUCCUUUGCUGCCGUCCAAGACAACGAGGACAUGGAGACGGGGCAGGCGCCGAUAAAACGGGCGCCUGCACCGCCUCCGAUCACAAUCCAAUGGCAGGAGGACUACGAGUCCUUCCUACAGUUAUUUAAAGAUGUCCCCUCCCUGACUGUAAAGACCCAGGGACGCGACCUGCUGAAAACAACUAUUGCUGAGCUGACGCAGGAGCUUCGCUCAGCCAAGGCAGCUUCCGCCACAGCGGUCGACACCGCCAGCCAGACGACUCCUCCUCGAGAGAAGAAGUUUGCGACGGUGGCCACGCAGACCGACGUGCCUGCCGAAGGGGAGGCAACACUGCCCAAGACGGACGCAGAAGCGCAAGAAGAAGGGUGGGAAGAAGUCCCAUUCCUCCCGCUUCCCGACAUGUACAGCGCAAGCGCUGUGACGCAGAAGAUAGCUGCAUCGCUUCGCGAUGGUACAUAUCCCCACCACGACAACCCUUAUCCCUUCGUUCCUCCUAACCUUUCUAAACCUUCACCUCCACACCAACCAAUCGAAUAUCCAGAAGGCCUUGUUGGUCUUUCCAAGGAGGAUUACGAUCUGAUCAAUUCCUUCCCAAUUUUCACAGAGUGGCAAAUGCGCUACGUCAUCUUCGCUCUCGUCCACGGAGAGUAUGAGAAAGCUGGAUACACUGUAUCCACUAUCCCAACCGAGGGAGAGCCCUCAAGUAAGAAGAAGAAGAAGAAAAGUCGUCACACCGACAAAUACAGAAAAUAG